AAAACUACUAUAUAUAUAACGUGUUCAAUCCUCACUUCAAAAACCCACAAAAACUUUAGAACGAAAAAAGAUGAAAAUCUUUAACUCAUCUCAAAACCUAUUCUUGGCCAUAACCUUUUUCCUUGUUCUCAUAGUUCAUCUAAAAGCCCAAGACAGUCCUCAAGACUUUUUGGCAGUUCACAACCGAGCACGAGCCGAGGUUGGGGUGGGACCCUUAAGAUGGGACGAGAAGGUGGCUGCUUAUGCCCGUAACUAUGCUAACCAGCGUAAAGGUGACUGCGCUAUGAAACACUCGAGCGGGUCCUAUGGAGAGAACAUCGCUUGGAGCAGCGGUAGCAUGACAGGCGUAGCAGCAGUUGACAUGUGGGUGGACGAGCAAUUUGACUACGAUUAUGAUUCCAAUACAUGUGCAUGGGACAAACAGUGUGGCCACUAUACUCAGGUUGUGUGGAGAAACUCGGAGAGGUUGGGAUGUGCAAAAGUGAGAUGCAACAAUGGUCAAACCUUUAUCACUUGCAACUACGAUCCUCCCGGUAACUGGGUUGGCGAGUGGCCUUACUAAAAGAAAACUCCAUUUAAAUGUUUUCGAAUAUAUGUUAUCCACAUGUAUAUAUGUAUUGUUUCCAUGUUGUUCAGUUAUACCAAUCAUCUAUCGUCAGCUAAUAAAGAUUGGUUUGUGUGGUCCUGGUCCGGUCCGGUCUUCUUUUGUACCACAUGUAUAAUGUAUGCGUGGAUUUUUAUAAUGGAAUAAGAAAAAUGCAAUGCUACGGCUUGCACUUGCUUUGUUUGCUAUAUGAAAAUCUCCUCUCCUUCUAUAUAUACACAUUAAUUAAUACAUGAUUAUUCAGGUUUUUAUUCUUUGCAUAUCAAAUUUUUG